GUAGUGAUUUCUAUCUAACGGGGGAUGCAUGAUAUCGUGCUCGCUAUCUUUAGAAUUUAAUGUGCAUAAGUCACAUGCCUAUCACAUAGUGUCAUACAGUGAAAAUGGCGGAUAAGUUUUUGUCUACAUUAAUUUUGAUUGUAGGAUUAACAGGUGCAUUUGCGGAGAUUUGUACUAAUGCUAAAUAUUCUGCUACAUAUGAUUUGUAUGAGAAUACAGUGUUGAACUGUCUACAUGGUUGUUGCGGAGAUAAUAACAAUCAAUAUUGUUGUGUUCAUAACAAUAACGUUGGGUUGAUUGUUGGUAUUUCGUUAGGGUCAACAUUUCUAGUAGCCGGUGUAGCAACAGUCAUUGUUGUCGUAAUGUGUUGCUGUCGGAAAUCAAGAGGACAAUCAGGACAUGUUGUCCAGCCAAUGGUAUCUACAGUUCAAGCAUAUCAUGUACCGGGACAGAUGGGUGCGGGCUCGCCUGUAACAAUAAUGACCACAAACGCAAGGCCUGGGCCUGGUCAGCAGUGGUAACAAAGAAAUCAACCACCGGCACGCUCUGAAAUUGCCUCAAAAUUCUGAAAACUUUAUGUUAUGCAAUUAUGGCACUGAUUUUGCUAGUGUGAUAACUGGUGAUAACCGAUGGAACCUCCAAAUUUUAUUGUGUCGUAAUAAUUGUUAUAAAUUAUGUUAACUUUGUGCUAUCAUUAUCUUGCAUAAUGUAUUUGUGUUAAUGAUAGAACAGAACAUAACAGUAAUUUUAUUUCGUAGCGUAUGCAAUGUAUUUGUGUUAAUAACGUUUGCGAAAAUACAAUUUAUGACAUGGAACAUACACGUGCUCGUGAAUAACAAAGCAAAUGUGUAUCUGUGAUUUUAUUUUUAUUGAAAACAACUGAUCAGUUCAGAAGAUGUAAAUUAAUCGUUGGUUUUCAUUGUAAAUAGUUUUUGUCAUUAGUUUAUACAUACGUUAUAUUAACAAUAAACAAAUUACAAACAAUAA